UAAUAAUUAAUCUUAUAUACUAAUGUCUACUACCAAACUAGUCAUGAAGCUCGUCUACAUUCUCCUAAUCCUGUUCACCUUCACCGUUUCUCCAGCGAUCUCAACCUCCCCGGAAGGUUGCGGCAGCGGCUCGGACAAUCCGUGCGUCGAUAAAGCUAAGGCAUUCCCACUCAAAAUCGUAGCCAUUGUAGCCAUCCUUACGACAAGCUUGAUAGGCGUAUCGUCACCUCUUUUCAGCCGUUACAUUUCGUUCCUCCGUCCCGAUGGCAACGGUUUCAUGAUUGUAAAAUGUUUUUCUUCCGGAAUCAUCCUUGGAACCGGUUUCAUGCAUGUCUUGCCUGACUCUUUCGAGAUGUUGUCAUCGGAAUGUCUUAGCGAUUAUCCGUGGCAUAGGUUCCCUUUCGCGGGGUUUGUCGCUAUGUUGUCCGGUCUAGUCACUCUAGCCAUUGACUCUAUUACCACCAGCCUUUAUACUGGUAAGGACACAGUUGGACCCGUGCCUGACGAGUAUGACAUUGAUCAAGAGAAGGCAAUUCACAUUGUAGGUCACAACCACAGUCACGGUCAUGGUGUAGUGCUAGGAACUAAAGAUGAUGGACAACUUUUGCGGUACCGUGUCAUUGCCAUGGUAUUGGAGCUUGGGAUUUUAUUUCAUUCGGUGGUAAUUGGACUAUCUCUUGGAGCAACUAAUGAUGCAUGUACCAUUAAAGGACUCAUCAUAGCUCUGUGCUUCCAUCACUUGUUCGAAGGAAUGGGUCUCGGUGGCUGCAUCCUUCAGGCAGAUUUUACAAAUGUGAAGAAGGUCAUGAUGGCAUUACUUUUCGCUGGAACAACACCUUUUGGUAUCUUUCUUGGAAUCGCAUUGUCGAAUAUCUAUAGAGAUAACAGUCCAACCGCAUUAGUUACGAUUGGACUGUUAAAUGCUUGUUCGGCCGGAAUGCUCAUAUAUAUGGCCCUCGUCGACCUUCUAGCUACAGAGUUCAUGGGAUCAAUGCUCCAAGGCAGCGUCAAACUCCAGAUCAAGUGCUUCGUGGCGGCUUUGCUCGGCUGCGCAGUAAUGUCGGUCGUUGCCUUGUGGGCUUAGACACUCUUUCAACACAAUUAAUAAAUUAUUUAAUUUGUUGUUACUUUCUAAGUUUGACCUUUGUACAUUAAUUGAGGGUUCUUUAAAGUUUGAUUCAUUAUUUUAAUUUGUAUUCUGAGAUAUAUUCACAUUGCAAUAUGGCAUUGUAAGAGUUUGAAAUAUUCUUUAUUUAUGACAAUGUAAAAUUAUUACUCCCUCCGAUUUUUGUUAUUUGUCGGUCUA